GACUGUGUUUUCUGUUCCCUGGGGCUACACUGUUUUCAACGGGACUCAACUUACUACUCACUAGACUCGCCAUGGCCGCUUGACCCAAGCUGAAAUUACAUCCUUCCGUUAUCAUUUGUUCGCUUUUGCAAAACUUUUCCAGACAGUUUUUUUGGCGUUCGUCUCGAUUUUAUGUUAAUAAACAAAGAUGCAACCCCCACCGAGAAAGGUCCGGGUCACCCAGGAACUGAAACACACUCAUGCCGAGCAGAUGAGCCAGUUACAGAUCAAACACCAGACAGAGUGUGACCUGCUGGAAGACCUCAGGACUUUUAGCCAAAAGAGGGCGGCUGUAGAGAGGGACUACGCCCAGGCUCUCCAGAAGUUGGCAAAUCAGUAUCUGAAGAGGGAAUGGCCAGAGAGUGUGACAGAGGAGCAAGAUCACAGGAACAUGUACUGUGUAUGGAGGGCAUAUUUGGAGGGCACUGUCCAGGCCGCCCAGUUCAGAAUUAGCGCCUGUGAGAACUACAAAGUCCAGGUUGCCGAUCCGGUCAAGACAGCACGACUGCAGAAGGAGCAGCAGCUCAGGAAGUGUAUCGAGCAACUGACGGUUGUCCAGGCUGAGCUGCAGGAGUCGGUGAAGGAGCUGACUAAGACUAGGAAGAAGUACCAGGAAGCUGAGACCAUGGCACAGGCUGUCCGAGAGAAGGCUGAGCUUGAUGCCAAGUCCAAGUUAAGCCUCUUCCAGUCAAGGUCCAGUCUCCAGAGGGCCAGUGUUAAGCUGAAAGCCAAGAGAAGCGAGUGUACCUCCAAAGCCACCCACGCCAGAAACGACUACCUUCUCACACUAGCAGCUGCCAACGCCCACCAGCAGCGCUACUACAGCACAGACCUCAUGGACUGCAUCAAGAUCUUAGAUGGCAGAAUCUACGAGCAGGUAAAAGAUUACCUGGCGUCACUUUGUCAGUCUGAGCUGGAAAUGUACCAGACUGUAAACAACACCUUCAACCAGCUUCUGAACAGCUCAAAUGGGGUUCUGCAGGAGUUUCACCAGCAGAUGUUUGUACAACAGAACUCCAUGUUUCAGCAAACCUCAGAGUUCUUGUACCAACCCACGGACUCAGAUACGGUGAUGCAGCUACAAAGAGAGAGUGGAACAGCGGAGGAGCACAGUCUAGAGAAGGAGGCGAGGAAGUGGGCAAGUCGCGUGGCCAGAGAGUACAAGAGCAUCAUACACACACAGAGGGCCAUGGAGGAGUACGGGACGCAGGAGCCUUCAGACCAGAACAGCGAGAUGGAGACCAAGUUGGAGGUGGCCAGGCAGAGUCUCCGGAGGGCAGAGACGGUCAAAGUGAAAGCAGAGGCCCGUCUGGACCUGCUCAGGCAGGCAGGAGUUGCUGUAGAAACAUGGCUGAAGAGCGCCAUGAACCAGGUGAUGGAGGAGCUGGAGAACGAACGCUGGAACAACCUCGGUACCAACGAUUCCUCACUCUCUGGAACAGCAGAUUUAGAGCGAGAGGAUGAGGAGGAGAUGGAGGACAGCGGUGAAGUGUUGGACGACAGCAGCUCCAGCCCCUCAAGCACCUUGAAAAAUUAUCCGCUCACCUGCAAAGUGCUUUACUCCUACAAGGCAUCUCAGCCAGAUGAACUGACCAUCGAGGAGCAGGACAUCUUGGAAGUCAUUGAUGAUGGAGACAUGGAGGACUGGGUUAAGGCCAGAAACCGCAGUGGACAGGUCGGUUACGUCCCAGAGAAAUACUUGCAGCUGCCUUCUACCAACAGCUUGCUGAGCAUGCUCCAGUCUCUGGCCGCGCUAGAUGCUCGAUCCCAUUCCUCCAACAACUCCACAGAACCCGAGUCUGAACUCCCAACUGGCUCCGUCAAUGGAGACUCGAGUGUGUCAUUUGCAAAGGCCUUGUACGACUACGCAGGACAAACGGACGAUGAGCUGUCGUUUCCAGAAGGCGCAAUCAUCCGUAUCCUGAGCAGAGAGACCCACGAGGACGACGGCUUCUGGGAGGGGGAGUUUAACGGCGUUGUCGGCGUCUUUCCUGCGGUUCUGGUGGAGGACCUCGCCGGAGUUGGAGAGAAUGGAGACGGACAAAAACUCGGCAGUGCACAGGCUUCUCCCUCCACUUCGGCCCAGUCCGAUCGCUCCCCCUGCAGCCCCUUUCAGCCAGGCCCUCUCCACAGCAGCCCCCUUCAGACGCCCACCGUGUCCUCUCCUGUGUCAAGUCCCUGUAGCGCCACAGCCUCUCCCAUCGGCCGACCGCCCUCCUAUCACAACGGACACCACAGGCUACCUCCGGCUCCACAAAAGAGCCCUUACAACAGCCCGGUGCAAGGAUCCCCUCAACCUCCCAAAUACCCAGAGAGCAGCGCCGGAACCAUCCGACCUGUACGAGCUGCUCCUCCACCUCCAAAGCAGCAUCCUCGUGGACAGGUGAAGCGGAGAGAAGAGGUGGAGAUCACGCUGGUGUGAAGGCGGCAGCGUGGUUCAAACCCGCUGGGACUUGCAGACGCACUCCCAAAGGAAACCCGAGGAAACGCCUGGAGAGGCCCUACACUCAGACCUCGUAGGGUCAACGUGUUGUGGAGAUAAACCGUGCCUUUCUAGUUUCAUUUUUCACUCAGUUUUCUGAUUUUGUCGCCUCCUACACUUCAUUACCAAAAGUUUAUCUCCCAUUACAGAGCCCAGAACAGAGGUCUUCAACCUGCGGCUCCACAAUGGCUCUUAAUACAUGGCUAAAAAUGCUAAAGAACCUGCUAAUGUUUUUAAAUAUAGAUAUAAUAACAGGAUGCAGGUUAUUAGCAAUUUAUCUUUUUUUCAUUGAAUAAUUGCAUUGAAUUUCCACAACAUGGCACUAAAAGUACCAGUAAUAUUUUUCUUUUAUCUAUUUUUCUUGCCAUGAGGUUGGAAACUAGAGGCCUUUUUUUCCCCAUCAUUUUCCACAAACAUCCCGUAGAAGAAAGUCUGUCUAACCGCUUUUUGCAAAAGUUUUAUGUUUUCCUUUAUUUUAAAACCUUAAAAAAAAAAGAAAGAAAGAAAGAAAAAAUGGGGGAGGGGAGUCAAAAACAACAAAUUUCCUUUGGUAAAUAUUUAUCAAAAAUGAUAAGUUUGUCUUUUUUAAAAAAGGUUUCGUAACGUUUGCGUCAUUAAACGAGUUUUAUUUAGUGGGGCUGCGGGAAAAAUGGCUCUUUGAAUUGUAACGGUUGCAGACCCCUGGUCCAGACCAACGUCUAGAUAUUCUGUUAGGAUAAGAAUAAUUUUCAGUCCCAAUAAAUACUAUUUUAAUUUAAAUGACAGUCUGCAGAAAAAUCCAGUAAAAUAAAGGUAACCUGAUAUUAUACUCCAGUAAUAAUUAACUGAGUUCAGCAAUUUGGGAAAUUUGUUCUUUGUUGUACUUUUGACUGCCUGGAGGUGACUGGUGGAGGCUGUAAAUGGAGGGAAAUGUCUCUUUUGGAGCAUUUAAAACUUAAAAUAUAUCAAAACCCUGCUUACCAGUGUAAAACCUGCUACCGGGUUACCGUCCCUCCACAGCAACACUCAAAAGGCUUUUAUUCACCAAACCAGCCUGAAGAAACAGCUGUGAUGAAAGACCUCAUGUUGCAUCGAACAGGAAAAAUAGCACUUAGAUUCACUGCAGAGAUGAUGUACAAACAACGACUCUGCAGUGCAGAACUAAGCAGCAGAUUAUUUAUUAUUCAUUAAGUUAAAAGAGACACAUACAAACACAAGUCUGGAUAAAUCCAGAUCACAGUUCAGUUUUUUGAACUCAUGAUUCUUUCAUGAAACAUUUAAGCUUUCACAUGAACAGAACCAUGCAGACACCAGGAAAAUGAAGUCAUGGACCUGUAGAGAAAAAUAUGGACAGUGUCUGACUGCACGGAUGAUGUUUACAGACUUAGAGAUGCUCUAUUAACACGUUUUUGACUUACCAGACGUAGACGCUCGCAUUCCUGUUGAUGACUUGUUAUUUCUGCUGGAGUCGAUGUCCACACGACGACUGGUCAGAGUCCGAAAGUGUCAGAUGAACGUUGGUGAAUUUAUCCUUCAGGCUCCUCUGAGGAGACGUAAAACACGUGUUUAGCAUUAAGAACAGAAGAAGAAACAAACCCUGCAGCACUUGGAAAGGCUUCGUCGUGAUGAUCACCCACUGCGGCUUCUCACGCAGUCUGAUCCCAGCGGUAACCGUUAGGUUGCCAUGUCGGUGUUCAGCUGGCUUAUAUCUGCAGCUGUUAAAGCUAAUCACCUCCCGGCCUUUAUACUUUUUUUUUCUUGUAGAAGACAAAAUUAACUUCUUUCCCAAAAUGCUGAACUCCUGCUUUAACUGCUCCUUCAUCAAUUCCAAAUAUUGAUCUUUUUAUAGAAACAGCAAACUGUCAGGAUUGCUGUUAAUAAUAGUGCUGAUGUAGAAACGAAGUCGCCCACAUCCUGCAGCUCCGUCAUCUCGUCUGGAGCGGUCACGUUUUUCAGGUCACUUCUAUGCAACAGAUUUCCACCUGGGAGGACGUCGUCCACACGCUGUCCGCACGCCGUCUGCACAUCGCUGCAACUCCAACCAAAAGUGCUUGUCCCCGCUACAUCCACGCGCCAGCACGGGCGAGGCUGGUCCUCUCCGCCGACACUCAUAACUGAACGCAGUUACACAAACAAGGGAAAAGUGGCAAUUUCUAGUUGUGAUUGUUUUUGUCAGUAAAAUGAUCAAAAUAAUGUUUUUCUCUUUGUUUUUAAACAUUUCUUUUCAUGUUUGAUUUCUUUACUCCAGAUGAUGAGAAACCGUAUUAAAGGGAGAAACGUAGUGCGUACACACAGUCUAACUUUUUGUUGUUGUUUUUGUUUUAACAUCCAGAUUUAGAGAUGUUUUUAUGAAGCCAGUAUUGGUUGCUGGUGAGUGUUGGUUUGGUGACAGUUUACACUGAAGCCAUGUGCAGUUUUAACACAUUUAUGUCUGAGGAAACCAUCCUGAGCUGCUAGCUGUCUGAUUUAAAAUCUAUACUGUCAUAGUGAAGCACUUUUUAAUCUCUUUUUAUUCCCUUCCAGUAUUGUUGAUGUUAUUUGAAGUUUGUUUACCAGCUGUAUUGGUAUGAAUAUUUUUCUUUUAUCAGCUCCUGUGUUAUUUAGCCUUACAUAGCCAUCGUAGUGUCUUUGAGAUCGAGAUUUGAGAUCUGACUUUUUGAUCGGAUUAUUUUCAAAACAUCAAUAGUUUACAGAAAGCUUGGAGAUGGAUAUCUGUACAAAUAAUAGCACAGCUUUUCAUUCAUUUUUAUGUUGAUGUUAUUAGAAUUAGGAUUAAGACCUAUUAAACCAUAGUUGAGCUUGUUCCGAGGAAAAGAGAUAUGUCAGCCAUGUUGCUGUGUUCUCGUUGAUCUCUCUGAGAUCUGAAUGACAUCAAACUUAUUUUUGAAGUUUGCAUUUACCCUGAUGUAUUAAAAUGGAAGAAAAA